UGAUGUUCACGGCGGCCCCCACCGAGACGUCACGCCGGUGACGUUACUCUCGCGAGAUUUCCCCGCGAGGUAGCAGCAGUGUGCUUGUGUGACAGAGACAAGGAAAGAUGGCGACGCAGGAGAGCCAAGCGACCAAAGCGGCCGUCACCAAUGGCGAGGUUAGCAGUAAUGGAAGUGCUGCGACAACAACAGACAGCCAGACAGUGCAGACGACUGAAAAUGCACAGGACCCCCAACAGCAACAGCAACAGCAGCAGCAACAACCGCCUAAUGCCUGGCACGUCAUUAAAGGAGUCCUCUUCAGAAUUUUCAUCAUCUGGGCCAUCAGUAGCUGGUUCCGUCGAGGGCCAUCGACUCCAGACCCUAACACACCACCCGGGGCACCCAGAGUACCCAGCAGGAACCUCUUCACUAAGGACACUCGCAUGGAUAUGUACGUGUACAUCUCGCAAGAGGAGGUGUUCACAGACUUCAACAACACAGAUUCUCUCUUCUGGUUCCUCCCAGACCUAGUCUACGGAGACUGGUCCACGGGGGAAAGUGGGGACGGCUGCUAUGAGCACUAUCAGGAGAUGGCUAUCCCUGAGGCAGUGCAGCAGAAUGGCUCCCUCUACAUACACACAUACUUCACGAAAAGUGGACUGCAUCCAGACCCUAAGCGCAAAGGGCAGUAUCGCAGACUCGCAACUGUUCAUGCGUCACGAAUGCUAAACAAAUUCAAACGUAGAAAGUUCAUGAAGACCAAGAAUCUGCUGACAGGAGAGACGGAAGCAGAUCCAGAGAUGAUUAAGCGGGCUGAGAGCCACGGUCCAGUGGAGAUCAUCUCUCACUGGCACCCCAACCUCACCAUCAACAUGGUGGACGACCACACAGCCUGGGUGAAAGGCUCUGUCCCACCUCCGCUAGACCAACAUGUGAAGUUUGAUGCGGUGAGCGGUGACUACUACCCAAUAGUGUACUUCAAUGACUACUGGAACCUUCAGAAGGACUACUAUCCCAUCAACAACACCCUGACAACACUACCGCUGCGCCUUAACUACUGCCCGCUGUCCUUGUGGCGCUGGCAACUCUACGCUGCCCAGAAUGCUCGCUCGAUGUGGAACUUCCUGCCUGAGGACACCUACGAGCAGUCUGACGAGGAUCAGGACUCUGUCAAGGUGGCCCUACUGGAAACCAACCCCUACCUCCUGGGACUCACCAUUGUGGUCUCCAUUGUACACAGCAUCUUUGAGUUUCUGGCCUUUAAGAAUGACAUCCAGUUCUGGAACAGCCGACAGUCUUUGGAAGGCCUCUCCGUGCGCUCCAUCAUCUUUGGAGUGUUUCAGUCUCUGGUGGUGCUGCUGUACAUUCUUGACAAUGAGACCAACUUUGUGGUGCAGGUCAGCGUCUUCAUCGGCCUUCUUAUCGACCUCUGGAAAAUCACCAAAGUCAUGGAUGUCAAAUUGGACAGAGAGAACAAAAUUGCAGGAUUCCUCCCAAGACUUGUGUUCAAAGACAAGUCGACAUAUGUGGCAUCUUCUACCAAAAUCUAUGACGAUAUGGCCUUCAAGUACUUGUCGUGGCUGCUUUACCCUCUGUUUGGCUGCUAUGCCAUCUACAGUUUAUUGUAUGUCGAGCACAAAGGCUGGUACUCAUGGGUACUCGGCAUGCUCUAUGGCUUCUUGCUAACCUUCGGCUUCAUCACAAUGACGCCGCAGCUAUUCAUUAACUACAAAAUGAAGUCAGUGGCCCACCUCCCGUGGAGGAUGCUCACAUACAAGGCUCUCAAUACGUUCAUUGAUGACCUGUUUGCCUUUGUCAUCAAGAUGCCCAUGAUGUACAGGAUAGGAUGCCUCAGAGAUGAUGUUGUGUUCUUCAUCUACCUGUAUCAGCGCUGGAUUUAUCGAGUGGACCCCAAUAGGGUCAACGAGUAUGGCACCAGUGGAGUGGUCCACCACCAGGAUGACACAACGGCAGUCGAUGCCCCGGCGGCAGCCAUCACAGCCAAACCAGACAGGGAGAAAAAGAACAAUUAAGCCAGACAAAGACGCCCACCCCCAAUGUUCAGCCUCCCUGGCUCUCGGCGCCAGAGCAAAGAGUACUUGUGGAAAUUAGGCAGUUGGGGUCGGCUGUCAUGGACAUGGACAUCACUUUAGGGAAAAGAAAAAAGAAAAAAAAUGAAGAUCAACUGUUUCCUCUGAUUCCAGUACACAUCCACAGAGAAUCGUCAUCAUUGUAGACUUGGUAAAUUUGUAUUUUUCUUCCCCGCCCUCUCGUUUUUGCAGUUAAAGUGAAGUAAAACAAAACGUGAUGUACUGUAUUCUGUUUGAUUUUGAGAGGGUACAGUGUCUUGGAAUUGAGGCUGGUGGAGUUUUCGUUUGGACAUUUAUUUUACGUGGAAGAAAAGCCAAGUGAAGCAUUUCUUUGUCUAAAUUCCUUGUGAAUCUUUUCAUUCCACUUGAGCAUCGAGUUGUUUGGAAAAAACUGGAAAAUCACCCUGGAAUGAAGCCAACAGGACAUGAGCGACAAGACUGACGACUACCCUCAAUUAUUUUUUAGCAAAUUGUUCAUGUUCUAAACUGGAACAGAAAAAAAGCAGCCUUGUUGGUAUUAAUAUAAAACAUAUUGUCAGA